UUUUAUUCUUCCUCUUCUUAAAAUGUUUCAUAAUAGCGAACAACACCCUUUACAUAAAUAUACUUAUCAAAUACCUGGUCAAGAAAAAGUUUAUCCAAUAACUAGUGAUCAAAUAAAUUAUCAACAACAACAACAAAAUAAAGAUUAUAAUAUAGAUAAUACUUAUGUUAAUGGAACAAGUAGUAGUGGAGGUGGUGGAGGAGGAAUACAACAACAACAAAAACACCAACAAAAUUAUCAUACUAAUGGAGGAGGAAUAUUAGAAAAUCAACAAGAAGAAAAUUUAUUAAAUCAACAAUUUGAUCAACAAAUAAAAUUGGAUGAUUUUAUUUGUGUAAGAUGUAAUGAUGGAUUUAUACCUUCCGAAACUGUUGUUAAUUCUGGUGGGCAAUUUUGGCAUGCUGAAUGUUUUGUUUGUGCUCAAUGUUUUCAACCAUUCCAGGAUGGUAUAUAUUUUGAAUUUGAAGGACGUAAAUAUUGUGAACAUGAUUUUCAUGUUUUAUAUUCUCCUUGCUGUAGUAAAUGUAAUGAAUUCAUCAUUGGCCGAGUAAUUAAAGCAAUGAACGCGAACUGGCAUCCGCACUGUUUUACUUGUGAAAUGUGCAAUAAACAAUUGGCUGAUGUUGGGUUUUUGCGUAAUGCUGGAAGAGCAUUAUGCCGUGAAUGCAAUGAAAUUGAAAAAGCUGCUGGACAAGGAAAAUAUGUUUGUCACAAAUGUCGUUCAAUAAUAGAAGAUGGACGUCAUAUAAAAUUUAGAGGAGAUUCAUUUCAUCCUUAUCAUUUUAAUUGUAAAAGAUGUGAUGUUGAAUUAACUGAUGAUGCUAGAGAAAUUGGGGGUGCUUUGUAUUGUUUAAGAUGUCAUGAUUUGAUGGGAAUCCCCAUUUGUGGAGCUUGUCAUCGUCCAGUUGAAGAACGUGUAGUUACUGCUUUAGGAAAACAAUGGCAUGUUGAGCAUUUUGUCUGUGCUGUAUGUGAAAAACCUUUUCUUGGUCAUAAACAUUAUGAACGUAAAGGACUUGCUUAUUGUGAACAACAUUUUCAUUUGCUUUAUGGCCAUAUAUGCUUCAAAUGUGGAAAUCCUUGUGGUGGAGAAGUAUUUCAAGCUUUGGGUAAAACUUGGUGUGUAAAAUGUUUUUCAUGUUCACUUUGUGACAAAAAAAUGGAUCAAAAAACAAAAUUCUUUGAAUUUGAUAUGAAACCAGUAUGCAAAAAAUGUUAUGAAAAAUUCCCGAAUGAAUUAAAAAAGCGUAUAAGCGAUAAUUUGAAAGAAAGGGAAGCAGAUACAUUACGUAGGAGAUCGGGUAAAAGUUGA